AUGCUUGACACCCAAGACCUCCAAGGUGCAUUCAAAUUAGCCAAUUUAACAGUGGCGGGGCUUGCCGUGCUCACCGGCGUUUUCCAGUUGUUUAGUGGCCUUCAGCCGUUUAUACAUGGGCUUUUCAUCAUCGCGUUUGGCUUGCUCAUCGGGUUACUUGAAUUCCGUAUCCCGGCCGAGGUUGCCACCUAUGCCAGUUUCAUGUUUCUGUUUAUUGGCCGUGGGGUGUUCUACAUCUUGAUUGCCCUGUUGGUGAACGGGGGACUGUUCCUCCGGGUGGUGUCGCUGAUGCUCAUCUUCUUGGUGGGUCUUGUGUACGUGGGGUUGGAGGCAGUGCCGCUGAUUACGCCCCCCGAGAACAUGAGCACCGACGGGGUGACUUUGGAAACCGAGGAUAUUGUAUAA